UUACUGCUGGAACGAACAACAGGACGACUUUACGAAGACGUAUAAAGAAAAAAUUGAAUCGUUAAAGAUUGAAUCGGAACAACUUGAACUCGAAUUAUUGAAAAAAUUUCGAGAUGUUGAAAUCUCAGAAAGAGAAACUUUGAAAUCUUUAGGCGAAUAUAAAGUUGUCAGUCCCGUUCAAACUUUUACUGCAGAAGAGCAAAAACAAUUAAAGAAAGCCUUUCUGGCUGUGCCAGGCACUUUACUUGUAGAAGGUUUUAAUCAAGAACUUUAUGCUGAAGACAUUAUAAAGCUGAAAGGAACGAAUUGGCUUAAUGAUGAAAUUAUCAAUUUUUAUGCUGCUCUUAUUGUGAAGCGCUCCGAAGAAUUUCCGUUUCUUCCGAAAGUGCACAUGUUUAAUACGUUUUUUUAUCCACUAUUGGUUAAGGGCUAUCAUAAAGUCCGCCGCUGGACGCGGAAGUUAAAAAUAUUCGAACUGGAUAUAUUGCUGGCGCCUAUUCAUUUAGUAAAUCAUUGGUGUUUGGUCAGUGUGGAUUUUAAAAGAAAAAUAAUAGCCUAUCACGAUUCGCUUGGCGGGUCGAACCGGCGAAUUCUACAUCUCUUCAAGCAGUACUUACAAGAGGAGCACAUGGACAAGUUAAACUCACCUUUUGAUACGUCUAAUUGGAAGCUGCAUUCUUUGAAAAAUACAAUCCCUUUACAAACCAAUGGGGCGGACUGCGGCGUGUUUACAUGUGUUUACGCAGAGUGCAUAUCUCGAAGUGCUUUUUUCGACUUCUCUCAGGACGAUAUGCCUUAUUUUCGCAAACGAUUGGCUAUAGAAAUACUCAAUAAACGUCUUUGCAUGCCACAAACUCCAUAA